AUUGGCUUGGCCACAAAAAUCCACGACACAGACACACACACACCCCAGCCUCUUUAUUUGAUGUUCCUUUUGCCCACGUCUUUUAGUUAAGUCCGUCUCGCCCUAUUUAUAUUCUCUUUCUGUCUCCUCUCUCUCCGCUUUACUGUUUUAGUUGUAGCUCUGUAAUUAUAGUUUCGUCUGGUUUUGGUUAUAUUUCAAAGCGGUUUGUGUUAGUUGUGUAGUUGGACUGUUUAGUGUCUCGAUUGUCUUGUGGGUGUAAAGUUACAACAGUGUUUUUUUCUCAGCGUGCCUGUCUCUCUGUUGCUGUGCGCCCGUGUGUCUCUGCGUCUCUGUAUAUUCGUAUUUAUAUCCCUACCUUUCUGUGGAGCUGUGUAUUUGUGUGUCUCUGCGUCUCAAUAUCUUUGUCCCUCUGGAUAUCUCUCUCCCUCCCCGUGUCUCAAAACGCAUCUGUGCGUCCCCUGCCCUUCACAACACCGCGGUUCCCGUUCAUCAAGAAAUUGCCGUUUAAAAUAUUUUUUAAAACAACAAUUAUCCCACAAUGACCUCUGCGGCUGGCUCCGUCCCGGUUCGCGCCUGGACCUUGAGUUCCCGCUUCUCUCCACUGCUGCUCUGGCUGCUGCUGUCCGGGCUGUGUGGUACCCAGGCUGACAUCCCGUUCCCCAAAGACCAGAACAUGGACGUGGAGUUCCCUCCUCGUGGACGGAGGUCGGAUUCUGGACUCCCGGACGGACAUCUGAGACCCCUGGGCUACCAGCGCAAAUCCGACGGCCGCGUGCUCGAGGUGGAGGGGGAGCCGAGCCCCCAGGAGGUGUGGGCGCGCUGCGCUGAGCCCGGGGAGCCGUGCUUCAUGCCUGGGGGGCUCCCCCCAGAGUCGUGUCCAGAGUGCGUGGCCUGGAGCCGAGACAAGGAGCUCCGCGAGGCGUUUGGAGACCUACAGGUGGAGGUGGACAAGCGGCGAUCGCGCCGCGUGGCGCAGCACGUGCUGCCGCUGCGCCGCUUCCUGUCCGCGUUCCACGCCGAGGAGUGGCAGCUGCGCUCGCUGCUGCCCGACGAGAUGCGCCGUCACGUGCGCGUGCCCAGCGGCCUCCACUGUGGCCCGCUCAGGCAGUGGAUGCAGGGCGCCGUGCUGACCCUGAGCUCUGGGAGGAUGAACCAGCCCGUGCGUGCUCUGCACGACCACCAGCUCACGUGCGCCAUGGACGGGCGCAUGGACUACAUCGUCAUCCCCCCGCGCUUCCAGGGUGCGUUCGACCUGGAAUGGUCGCAGCUGGAGCUGGAGGGAGCGACGUCCCCGCUCGACGUCGAGAUGGUGAACGUGUUCGCGCACCAGGAGGCGGCGCGCGCCUCCUGGCGCUGGGCCACGCUGCGCUCCGGCAGCUGCAUCUUCGUGCCUGCAGGCCACCUGUUCCAGGUGACCUCCUACGGCCGCGCCCUCACCAUCACCUUCCUGAUGGCGCCCGUGCCGUCGCCGUCGGGCGUCUCCGACUGCGAGCACCGCGUGCCCGGCCGGGGCCUCCCGUCGCUGUCCGAGAUGACGGCGCCGACGUGGACGCUGGCCCGGGGCGGCCUCCGGCGGCCGCUGCGCGACCACGGCCUCGACCCCGCUGGGCUGCGGCGUGACCUGCUGGCCGCGAUGCGCGCCGAGGCGGCGCUGGACAGCACCACGUUUGCCCGCUUCUUCCGCGCCGCGGCGCUGCCGGAGGCCCCGCGGGAGCCCGGCGAGGCGUUCGUACGGCUCCUGGGUGGCGCCGGCGUCGGGGACGGGCAUCUGAGCCGCUCCGAUGUGGAGGCGUUGAGCGUCGGGCGGCUGAGAGCGUUGUCGGCGGAUUUGGGGCACGACGCGGCUGCAGGGCACCACCUGGACCACGACGAGCUGUAGGGGUGGCCGCUAGGGGUCACCGCUUCGUCCUCGGUUUUUCCCCAGAACGUCCACUGUCUGGGGCGGGGUGCGGGGGGAGGGGAGAUGUCCUGGGAAAUGUUCGUGAGCGGGAAUUGAACUUGAAUUUCCAUCGUGGACCAACACCAGCGAUGAAUGCUUGAACCGAUCAUGGGCCUCCCCGACGUCGACUCGGCCUUAGUCGAGUACCUGGUGCGUUGUGUAAAUGUCAGCAUUGGGGAAACAAAGGCGGUCGGGAGUGGUGCUGGCCACCCACCCCCUUGUGUGCCAUGCCGGCCAUCAUAGGUGCUCGCUAACAGCGCUUCCCCCGACACUGUUAAGGAUAUAUGGGGGAUCUUUGUCUUUAUGUAUUCAUACACGCAUCUAUAGUACACUUCCAUGAUUACAUGCGUACACAUGUAAAAAGGUAUCGUGGAAGCAAAUUCGCAUCCCUGAACCACCGCAGCCAAGGCUUUACGGAGCCACUCUGUUGUGAGUUUGUGACUUUGUACCGUGCUUGGAAUUCCCCAAUAAAGACAAAAGGCUUUAUUUCUGAAA